AUGCCAGUAUAUGCCAGUGUUAGGUCCUUCAAAGCCAAAACUUCCUUCUCUCCGCGCACAUGCUUCUGCAUGAUAGUAAUAGCACUGGGCCUCGAGGGUCUCACAACCGUCGCCGCAGUCACCGACGGGUAUGUGAACUCCGAUGACUCCUGUACCACACUGGUACACAGCCACCUCGGCACACAUAGUGUGCACCUCAUGGCACUGACAAUCGCAGCAGAAAUCGGUUAA